CGCAGCAGCAGCACAAGGUUGAGCUCAUGCGCUGCUGCUGCUCCUCCGUGCCGGCGGUCAGCACCUCUUACUCCGAAUAAACACCGCAACAUAACAGCAACACGGGGCCGGUGUGCGGAAUAAACCACAGGAGGUGACACAGGGGGGGAUUAGGAAACAGCGCGUCGCCAUCUUUUUCUUCAAGAUAUUUAAAAGAAACAGACUGAUAUUGAGAUAAUUAGAGAGAGGGAAAGAUAAAAUCACGUUUUCAAGAUGGCCGAACAAGUUUCGUCCACAACUCUAGACGAGGAGGUGAUGAUGAUGAUGGGGAAGGAGUCAGGGUUCAGUCAGGUGCCCGCACAUGGUGUGUUUGGUGGAGAAAUGGAUGUACGAGCCGCGAAGGAGACUGAAGGUCUGGAGAAAGAAGAUGCUGAUUCGAUUUCUGAACCUGUGGAUCUUGAAAGCCCUGAGGAACCAGACAGCACUCAGAUGGAGGAUUUGAUUAGUGUAGGGAAGAAACAGGAAGCUCUUAGAGACCAAGAACAAGCCUUAAACCUGAUGGAUCUCAAACAGGAGGAGGAGGAGGAGGAUUAUGGUUACGAUUAUGAGCAUAAGGAACCUGCACCAUCUUUCUCAGAGCAAAACCCUGUGAUUUCAUCAUCUGCUACAGAGCUCUUACAGGCAGCCUUCAGACCAGAACCUGAUGAUGAUGAGGUGAAGCCUGCUAAAAACAUUCUGGAUGAAGAUGAUGAUGAUUAUGUGGUGAAGCCUGAAAAGAAAGAGGACGUCUUGUUGAAAACCGAGCUCGAAGAACAACAUCAGGACUUUGUCUUUGGUGAGAAAGUGAAGGAGGACAUCUUUGCAAGUCGUUUCGAUCAAGAAAAGAAAGCUGAAAGUUUAAUCUUGGAGGAGAAACAGGAGCCGGAGAGUAGGAAUCAAGUGGAGGAACGAUUCAGAGCCGACUCCGAGUCGACUCCUGCAGCCUCUGCCUCUCCAACAGCCUAUGAACCCAGUCUUCCUUCCUUUGCUGCCGCUCCUGCCGCUCCUCCUCCUACUUUUUCGACUCUGGUGCAAUUUUCUUCAGAAUACGAGGAUUCUUCAUUAUUAGCUAGCACUCAACCCAGCGUCAAAACCGCCAUGGAUUCGUUCGGGAAUGAUCCACCCUCCAGGAGCAUGCCCAGAUACGACCCAGACGUAUUAAACCAGUCCGACGACGACCUGAUGUUUGAAACCAAAAGAAACCCGUUUCAUGACUUCUCACCUGUCGAGAAACCCAUUUCCGAGUUCUCUCCUUUUGGGGAAACCAAAGCAGCCAAGAUGUCUGAUAGUCCGUCUCCAGAUCUGGUCCAGAACGCCCACGCGGAUGUCGAGCCGCAAGACGAUUCGCCCGUGCAGGACUACGAGGGGUCUUUCGAUUCCAGAGAAGCGGCCACCGAGUCUCUGAGGCAACAGCUUGCGUCGUCUGACUUCUUUGGGAGCGCUCCUAAAGACGACGAGGAAUCCGGUUUGCCGCCGUCUCUCCCGGAUAUAUUAAAAUCUUCCCCUCACAAACAAGAUAAAGCGGACUCUGGAUCUUCAGAGGGAAGUCCUGAUUUCAGUCCGGUCCACAGAAGCGGCAAUGAUUCCCCGAAUGCUCCCUUCACGCUGUCUGCCAACAACCCGUUCGCUUUCGAAGCCAAGGUCCCUCUGGUUAAGGAGAUGACCGAGGAGACCGAGGCGAGGGCUGCGGAACGGGCAAGGAUCGAAGAAGAAGACGAAGAAGAAGAGGAAGAAAAAAAGACUUCGGAGCAAAUGUUUGGGACGUUCGAUCUCGUUAAGGAGACCGAAAUUUCUCCGAAAGGCCCCGAACCCGCCGUUGAGUACCAAGAUGAUUUUAAGACCUUGAGCCAAGAUUCUGGUCCGAUAGUGGACAAGUUUGAAUGUCUCAGCUUCCCAAGUGUAAAGGCCCAAACACACUCCGACUCUGAAAGCCCAUCCGCAGACUCGCUCUCACCAGUCUUGGACGCCAUGGCUAAGAACCCGGCAAGUUUCCAGAUCGAACCCGAGAAGAACACGGCACAGGUUGAAGAAGCGGAGGCCGCGGACGAAAUUUCCGAGCAAGAGGUAUCGUCCGAAGAGUUCGAGUUUGUUGAGAAACCACCUCGGGGUGCUGUGGAUGAGUUUUUGGAGACACUCGAGAGCUCAAAGUUCGCCAAAGCGUCGGAAAAUGCCGACACAGAUAACGCCGACGAUGAUGAUGAUGAUGAUGAAGACACGGCUAAAUUCACAGAUCAGCUAGAAGAGGCAAGUCCGGCUGAACAAGAGACAAAAAGUCAGACUUACUUCCUUCUCACAGAAUCGUCAAACGAGACCUCCGCGCCAAGAGGUAAGGCAGGACUAGAGCUGUCCCAGGAUUUCCUCAUUCCCUCGCAGGCUGCGGCUGCUGUUGCGGCGGCGGCACCGGUGUCAACGGCACCGCCUCCUGCGGUCAAAACCGACACGUCUGUCGUGAAGAAAGCGGAUCCAAAAGACCUGAAGCUGCCGAACCUGAACGCAGGAGCAGUGGUGGAGCUGCUGUACUGGCGCGACUUAAAGAACUCGGGCAUCGUGUUCGGAGCGAGCCUCCUGCUCCUGCUGUCGCUCAGCGCGUGCAGCAUCAUCAGCGUGCUGUCGUACGUGGCCCUGGCGCUCCUCUCCGUCACCAUCAGCUUCAGGAUAUACAAGGGCGUGCUGCAGGCCAUCCAGAAGAGCGAUGAAGGACACCCGUUCAAGCUGUAUCUGGAGCAGGACGUGUGUCUGCCCGAGGAAGUCGUCCGCAAAUACAGCGACAUCGCGCUCGGCCGGAUCAACACCGCCAUCAAGGAGCUGCGCCGCCUCUUCCUGGUUGAGGACCUCGUCGAUUCCCUGAAGUUUGCUGUGCUCAUGUGGAUCCUGACGUACGUCGGUGCCUUGUUCAACGGACUCACUCUUCUCAUUAUGGGUCUGGUUGCCAUGUUCACCUGCCCAGUAGUGUACGAGAAACACCAGGAACAGAUCGACCAUUACAUCUCGCUGGUGAGGAACCAGGUCAAGGAUGUUGUUGAGAAGGUCCAGGCGAAAAUCCCAGGAGCGAAGAAGAAGGCGGAGUGAAAAAACAAAACAACAGCAAAGCAAAACACCACAACGUUCGGUUCAGAGGCUCGCGUUUUUCCCGUGCUCUGUUCCAGUCUCUUAUUUUUCACAAAUCUCUCCACUACACAAGCCGUCUCGCCCAGCGGAAAUCCUGCUCGUUCUCCUUUCUGCCUCUCUCUUUUUUCUCUCUCUCUCUCUCUCUCUUCAUAACCAGUCGCUACAAUGAAUGAAGUUGUAAACACUUUUUUUUUUUUCUUUCGAGCCACUACUUAUUUAUCUUGACACGCUGACUGGUAUAUGACGUGACGUAAUGAGACAAGACUCGUGUUUCUUGACAGAGCGAUUAUAGUAUUCCAUUUUCUGCGUUUUUGUCCUCGGCAUCUACAGUAGGUCCUGACGUGUUUCAGAGUUAAAUCGGUUCAUUCUUCUCUUUUUUUUUUUUUUUUUUUUUUUUAAACGAGGGAGACUUUAACGGUACCGUUUGAAGAUAUCUAUGGUAUCUGUUGUUUUUUUUUGUUGUUUUUUGUUUUUUUAAAGUAUGAUUUAGUGUUCCUGUAAUUGUACUGUUUUCUUGAUAAACUGUGUAGAAACCUCUGACAUAAAAACAUCAUCUCUCCCGCUCCCUCUUCCCUCAGUGACUCUCAAGUCGCUCCAUUAGCACUUCAUAAAAGCAGCUUCUGAGUAUUUCUAUGCGAAUUAGACUCAUACUAAGAGAUAAGAGCAUACACACCGUCGUCAUUAUUAUUACCGAGACGCCUCGUUUCACUUUAUCACUUCAGCUUGUUUAUUGAAAAAUCUCCGGAACGGAAAGGAAAGAACGAGAAACGUUUACAAGACAUUUGACUUAUUAAAAAAGAGAAAUACUAAAAAAAGAAAAAAAAAAAGUUAUUUGUGGACCCAAUACUUAAAGCUGCAGCGUUAUGUAACAUGACUUAACACAUUGUUUGUUAUGCAAGUAAUUGUGAAUGAUUCUUCAUGCGGUCGUGGUGAACAUCUGUGGAAUGCAUUGUGAAAUGUAAAACAAGCACCAAUAAAGCUUCUAGACGAAUCAAA